AGUAGUUGCCCCAAUGGACGUUGACCUCGUCCAAUAUUGGCUUUUGCCAUUUCCCGACGGUUUGUAGAGGACACGCGCCGGAGCCAUGGACAUAAACGUUGUAAAUGCUCUAACAUACGAGGAUUUUGUACAACUAUUCGGUAAUGUGGUUGAGAGAUGCCCACUCAUUUCGGCAGCAAUAUGGUCCCACCGGCCAUUCAAAGAUCUAGAAGACCUCGAGGUGCACAUAACGGAAUUCAUUCACAGUCUCCCAGACUCAGGUAAAGAGGGCAUUUUGCGGUGUCACCCUGAUAUGGCGGGCCGGGACCUCCAGAGCGGGACGCUAACCCGCGAGUCUCAAGCAGAGCAGAGUCAAGCCGGUAUGACCACACUGGACUCCGCAGAGGUUCUGCAAAUGUACCGGCUAAACUCGGAGUACAAGGAGCGGUUCGGCUUCCCUUUUGUCAUCUGUGCCCGUCUCAACAACAAAGCAGAUAUUGUGCGCCAACUGUCCGAACGCUUGAAGAAUGACCGCGCAGCGGAACGAGAGCGCGCGAUAGAAGAGGUUAAAAUCUGUAGCCUCAGGUUACACAAUAUUGUCUUAUCUGACAUUCAAACCAAACUGUAACAAGUUAACGUUACAAAAAUGUUUACUGCAUCUCUCUACUUGAUUGUAUAUUUCUUGAAAAAAAAUAUGCCUAACACACACAAAAAUAAGAAAGCCUAUGCGUAAUUCAUCCCUAUGAAGUAGCCUAACAUUUCUUCUAAAAACGUUAAGUUAUGAGAACGUUAUUUUCGAAUGUCUUCUGAACAUUCAAAACGUCCAGCUUUUUAAAUGUUUGAAAAAUGCUUUUCUGAGUUAUGUGCACGUUAGGGAAAACAUUAAAGAAACGUUCUAUUUGAUCAUUUUGCAAACGUGAUGUUCUCUGCACCCUCUGAUGUUAAGCAACAUCCAACUAAAAUGUUUCAGAAAAACGUUCCAUGAAGGAUAUAAGGUUGUGCUAACGUUUUCAUAACAUUAGCCUCUUCAAGACCAGAUAACGUUGAACUACCUCUCUAUUAACGUUACCGGCAGAAUGCUUGUUCACAACCUUGAGAGAACCUUGAAGUAUAAUAAAAAUGGCAGUAGUUUACUUAGGCUAUAUGUUUUUGCCAAUGUACCCCAUUGAUCCUAAAAAUGCUUGAACAGAAUGCAAUAAUUAAUUAAUAAUGGA